AUGGCGCGAGCAACUGCUAUUGAGACACGGUUGGAGAAGCUCCUCCCCGCAAUGGAGGAGUACUUCACCAGUGGUUUCCUCACACGCGAAGAAACUCACGAGGUGGCGCGGCAGCGGUCGCAUUGGGAAUAUCGCCUCGUGGCAAAACCGUUACUUCUGCUGGACGUGCGAAGUGCAGCCCGCUACGAGUUGGAGUUGGAGGAGCGGCUCCGUCAGUAUUGUGUCGCAACAAAACUUGUGCUCCGCCACCGCUGGUCCAUAAUUGAACGUGUGGAGUACAUUUAUCGAAUUGGCCUGCGCCACAUAAAAGAUCCCGAUGAAUGGGAACUCCUAAGACGAGAGUACGUGUCGGUUCUCAAAAAACACCGCAGACAUGGUCAGUUGUCUGCGUUAUAUGGCGAAUUGAUGGUACGUUUCCCAACCCGUAGCGCGCUGUGGGUGGAAGCUGCCCUAUACGAAGGUGUGGAGGCGGAAAACGCAAGCAACGCACGGGCUCUCGUGCAACAAGCGGUGCUGACAUCUGGCGCACAGCCCGAAGUGUGGAAUGCAGCUGUUGUGGUGGAAUUAUACUUUACAGACCGGCUUCUAAAGAAACUUCUCGAGGAUAAAGAAGAGGAAAAGGGAAAAGAGCAUCAACAGAAGCAGAAGCAGCAGGUAGGGGACGAGGGAGGAGGGCAUGACAUCGUGACGGAGCUCAAGUUGGAAAAUGCUGCACUCGCUGAAGUUGUGGUGGAUUUAGCGCUUGUCCACGCCGUUGUGGAGGAGGCACUGGACAGUCCCGCUUUUGGUCCAAAGCUUGUCCGUAUGCUGGUAGAUAGUGUGACACGGUUCUGUUACACUAAACCCGUGUUAGAACGCCUCAUGGAACUUGCCGCCAAAAAGAUGGUCGCCAUAUUGAGCCCCGUCAUGGCUAAUAGCAUCGGUAACAGUAGUAGUGCUCAACUCAAUGCAUCGUCGUCGGGUACGGCUCGGCAGUGGACGGAGGUGGGCAUCUCUCAUUUCUUGGAAGAUUACUUAGCACUCGAGGCCAUUAUGGCCGAAAAAGGAGUUGCGGGUGAUGCGGCUUCUCUGCUGCGAUCCAAUGGCCGCACGCCGAGUGUGGGUCGAGAAGAUUGGAAGGUGUCAUGCAUCGCCUCUCUCGUCUCCUCGCUGACGCUUCUCUACACUGAUGAAGUGAGGUUUCCCAUCGUCUCGCGUUUGCAUUCCGGUGCCGUUUCUGUAGUGGAAAACUUAAUGGAACGUCUGCAGCAACUUGGUUGCGCUGAUGCGGUUUCUGCCGCUUGUCGGUGCCUCCUCCUGUCAACUCAGCAGCGGCAGCACAAGGGGAAGAAGUCAGAAGCCGAUGCUCGCGAAGAGAGUAUAGCUCUCAUUAAUGAGGUGUUGAGCUGCUUAUGGAAGGAAGUGAAGGGCUCAAAGAAGAAGCAAAAGAAUCAAACGCAUGACGCGGCAGUGGAACGGGUAGUAGCGAUGCUAACGGGUGGUGCAGCCAAAGAUGCCGUUCCUUCGGCAAAGAAGGCCAUGAAACGACCGCGACCUGAAGACCCCGCACACGUGUGGCGGCCGCUUUCUCGCUUUUUACUUCCGGAAGAUCGCGCAGCGGUCCGCAGUGCGAGUGACGGAGUAAUGCAGCACUGUACUAGCGCCGAGGUCGAUCUUCUCUUUAGCCUCCAUGACAGGGAUAACGAGACGGAUGCCGAGGUCGUUGGUCACGCCGUUGUGGAGUUCCUGCAGAGGUUUGAACUUAUCCCCCCCACUGCCGGAGUGAAGGAUGUGCGGCAGCUGAGUUUUACUGAGGGCCGAACCCCCAUCGUUCUGUGGAAGAUGUUUCUUCUUCUAGAGAGGUGCUGUGCUCAAGCAAUUGUGGAUUCGUUGCCGCGACGGUCAAAACCGCAGUCCUCCACAACACGAGGCAGUACAGGUGAUAGUGACAGUGAUAGUGAUAGUGACAAGAAGGACAGGCUGCAGCAGGACAAAGACAGCGCCACCAUGGAUGUUAGUUUCGCGGCCGCUGGUUUGAGGUUUCUCGCUGGUGUGCCGUGCGGUGUGUUGCCAAGUAUUGCCGUUGAAGAAGAGCGACUGAAGGGUUGUUGGACGCUGGUCACUGCUCGCGUUCACACUUUGACCGGACUGGAGUCUACCACGCGCGACAAUUUUGUUUCCCGUCUUCGUCAUCCCCCAACGGAUGGCGCUGUCGCUAGUGAUAACCAACCUGCUUGGGUGAAUGGGCUGAGAUCCAUUCUUAGUGUAUCCCGUCUUUGUCAUCCUCUUCCUCGUCAGGUCUAUGCCGACAUCGCUGUUCCCUUCUUCGAGGCUCUUGCCUUAUGGGCCCAAAAACAACAAAAGCCCCAUAGCGACGUUAACGCCGCCGUGCAGGAGGCGCGGGAUGCUCACACGUGCGUAUUAGCGAUGUACACGCAGUCUCGUAACCUCGCAAAUUACAUGCCAUUGGUGUACCGUCUGCAUCCACCAAACCGUAACAGCAACAACAACAGUGAUGAAGAUGAUGGGUCCCGUGGCAGUACGGUUAGCAGUCGAGUUUCGGCAACGGAGCUCAACGCAGCUGACUGGGCUCGGUGUAUUGCAUUUGAACGAGAUGUGGCGAAGGACUUACGGCGAGCGAAGGAGGUGUCGGGACGGGCGCGAAGGGAGACACUGGCGCCACAACAUCUACUUCUCAUGUUGAAUAAAUACUAA